GUUAUUUCUAGUCUAUAUCUAUAUUAUAAGGGACAAUGAUGUUUUUCGACAUCAAUGGUUAUCUAUGGUUCGGAUACAUAAAGAAGGAUCACGAUGGAGCCAGUAAUUUCGAUGAAUAUCAAUAUUUUGAGGUUAUAAAGAGCCGCCUACAUUUUGAUGAAUAGAUACAAGGGAUUCCUCGUAUGCCCAAUUCAUUAGCAACUACCAAGGAGGGCAACGAAAAAUACCUUUCGGAGAAGACUUUAUCACCAAGACAACAUUUGCUUCUUCUAAUUUAAAGCUCUACUCCAGUAUCAGGUAUGUAAUUGUCUUUGACCGGUAAUCUUUAAGUAUGUACGUCAGCAUCAUAGUUUAAUUCCCACGAUUGAAGAAAUGAUUCUAGUAUGAGGUACAUCCUGUAGCUCUUCUCUUCCUCAUCUGUAAUAUGUGUGAACUAUUGAAUGUUUUGUUUUUAAAAUUGAUUUGCCCUCGUCACGUCAGUAACUAUUUCCAUUGCUAACAUAUUUAGGAAUGAGACCUCCAUCUUCAAACACCGAUACAGACCUCGAGCGAUUCAGACGAUUUCGUCCCGGUUCGUAACGAUGAGAUGGUAGUUAAUCUUUAUCAGCUUGCCUGCGGACUUCCUAUGCAUGUAGACUCUUUUACUUGUUCGCUUCUUGAUGCAUGGGGAAUUUCAGCACAUCAAAUGCAUCAGUCACUUUGUUUUGCAUUGAAGCGGGUGCUUUCAAUCUCCAUCGCUUACUAUCGCUUAAUUAAUUCCAACAGAGAUCUGAAUGCAAAUGAAAUCUCAGCCCCGACUCCUGCUGUUCCUCUUAACCAAAGACCAGGAGUUACUGCCAUCGAAUCUGACUCAGAAUCUUACGACUGUCAUUCUCCAAAGGCACCAGAAAUGAAUUCAAUGGAGACUGAUCACUGCCAAGGAUCAUCCUCUCCUUUUAGUUUGAUUAGAAUUCGUCGAAGACAUUCACAGCUGGCGAUAAUUCCUCGGAUGCCCAUGACUUUGGAGCUAGUACCGGUAGAAAAAGGCUCAAGAGGCUUCGAAAAGGUGAUCAGCCCCCUCCCUUUGCAUUUAAUGGUCGACGUCCGAAAAUUCCUCUUUCGAGAAGCGAGCUUGUGUGGCUCGAAAGGUGGAUUUUCCCCUGUGCUUGACGGAAAUAGAGAGAGCACGACUUCUGGUUCUAGCGAUGAGGUUCUUGGAAUGAACACUGAAAAUUCUGACGAUAUUUCUUCCGGUUGUCCUAGUCCUUUUAUCGACUUAGGUGAUGCUGAAGUUCCUUCGGGAAGAGAAGCCGUAAGAGGAAAUGAUUUCUCCAACACGCUAUUUGCAUCUAGCAAAGACACGCGACAGCUGCCCAUGACGAUGUUUUAUCACCAGGUCGCAGAGAUCCUACUCAAGAUAAUGGAGAAAAAGUUAUCCAACCAUCCUUGCCACCUGAACCUUUGUCUGCCUUCGAAGUAUUUCCUGACGUUGGAAUGAUGGGAAGCGGCUCGACUAACCCUUGUUCGGAGAAUGAAAAUGUUAGAGUAUACCGACCCACUUCGAUCCCGCAAUCUGAUCCUGGCAUUAGACGAUCUGCCGUUGCCCCUCCAUCUCCAGUCCAGCCGAUAUACGAGCCUGACUACAACAUUUUGCUUAAAACCAUGACAGAACAUUUCAACCAGUUUCUGAAAUCCGCGAUCCAACUAAAUGAUGCGCAAAAACAAAACAACGUGCUUUGGAAGGUGGUGCUGAUGUCGGUGUGAGACAGGAAAUCACAUGGUAGGAGAGCGAAAAUGCUGAGUUGUCUACUGCUAUAAGGGUGCUGACCGAAGAGUUGGCUGGAGCACGCCAGGAAUUAGCUAACUCCGAAUCCCAUGUUUUGCAACUGCAACUAUCCUUGGACCAAAUCAGGGAUGUACUUCAAGAUUCUUGGGGGUACUUGAAAAGGCGAGGGUCUAACAACACCACCCAAUAUUUCGCUUAGCAAUCUGUAUGGACAAACUCCAAUAUACUUUUUAUGAGAAUCAACUAGACAGUUAGACUCAAUCAAUAAAAAAAUAUAUCAAAGAGUUUAUAUCUAAA